AACGCUAUCAAACGUUUGAAUCAUGGAUUUGCGGUACCAUUACUCUUCUUGAAUCUAUGCUUCUUGAACUGUUCUGAAAUCGACAGCCAAUCGCAGCUGUGUUCCUCUGGUUGCGCUAUUGUUCCAAUUUCGCGAUAUGGCCGGCUUUAGCUGAUCGCGUUUUGAUUGGCCCGUGGUUAUCUACAAGAUGAUCGUCGACCAAUCAGCGCGUCGCGUCUUGUCCGUAGUUGCGGACCAUCCUUGAAUUUCGGAAAGUCGGCCAUUGGCUAGCCGAGUCCUCGAAACUGCGUCCAGUCGCGUUGCAGUUCCGUGUACGGUCCUGCAAUUGUCAGUGAAUCGUAGGAAAGUUUCGGCGUCAACAAAUCCUGAGAAAGGUACGAGAUUCCCGUACUUCAAAGCUUCUUCGCGCGUUCUCGUCGAACUUCUGUAGUAUCAGUUUCCUGUGUGACAAUAAGCAACGAUAAUAGGAAUGAUUACGCGUGCGCAUGCGCACUCUGCCAAAACUUCACACAUCUCGAGAGCCCUUCGAAUAAAUAACGUUGUUUUCGUUGUGUACGAUGUCGCUUGAAGAAUCUAAUGAGCAUAUUUCGUUAUCCUGUCGCCCAUGGCAUUCAUCGAAGUUCUUGAGUCGCCCUACGUUGACCAGAGAAACCACGUAGAUCUUUUUCCGUGAUUCAUAAAGAAGACAUGGACGGAAAUAUUGCAUAAACUUCAAACAAUUGCUCUGCUACGUCGUCAGUAUAUACGUGCUCUGAAAUGCCACAAAAGACUCCAGAAAAAAAGAUAGCAAAUACCAAAGGGUUACGGUUUCAGCAAGUGAUCAAUGUAAGCCCUCAACAAUCUCAAACACCUAAUUCUAAUCAAAGAGUUCUUAUUCUGUCAACACCUAUUAAGUUGAAAGAUGGAACCGUUAAUAUCGAGCAGAGAGCGAUACCUUUGAGAAUUAAUAAUAAUCAGUUAAUAAUGAGCGGAGGUGCCAAGAGCAACGUGAUUUCCUUGAAGCGCAGUAACGAACCACCGCCUCUGGCGUUACCCAUUGACCAACUUAAUAAAAAAUCUCCUACGUUUGUUAAGAAUGAAGUCGGACAAGUUAUGGGAAAGUUAAUACCACUUGGAAAAUUUUCUAAUAUCUCACCAAAUACAUUGAGUCCUGUAACUCCAGUUUCUGCAUCACCUGUACUUACGAAUCAGAAAGUUAAAGGUGACACGACUAAACAGCAUGCGAAACCCAGAGAAAACAAAGCACUGAAACUGACCGAAUGUACAAGGAAAUAUAUUCGCAUAAGUAAUGAAUCUUUGACACCGAGACAGAAUGUAAAAUUUAAAGAGAGACCGUUAAUUCUUAAUGCUGCGGAUGCCGUUGCAGGCUGUCAAAAUACAAAAUCUUCUGUUCCUGGAACUUCAUCGAUUGAAGUAAGUCUUGUCAAUAAACAAUCAACGCCAACAUCGACAAAACCAAAGAAAGAAAUUCAUCUGGUUUUGAAAAGAGAGAACAAUACGGCAAGCAUAGGACAAACUGGAACCAACAUAAAACUAAUACCUUUCGAUCAGUGGAAACAGAGUUCAAAAUUAAGCGUUUUAAAGAGCCCUGAUAAUAUGUCAUCACAGACGAAAACGAUAAGCAUUGAGAGUCGCAUGAAUGACCAGAAGGCAGUUAAAACCCAUGCACUCCGUUUCGCCGAAUCUCAUUUGCAGUCAUCGAUUAAAGAUAAGAGCUUUAGCAAGACGGACAUUUUGAGCAAGGACUCGCUAAAUAUUGAAAGCGUCAGAACAAUGAACAAUAUAAUAAAAUCAGAACCUGUCGAUCAACAUGAAUUAAGUACAAAAGAUGGGACAAAAGUACCUACCGAUAUAAUGGAUGUAUCGAUUCCUGAUUUUGCACUUUCUGACUUUAUUGAAUCCAACGAUACGUCUAAUUUGAUUAACCUUAAAAUUCAAUCAAAACCGAUUCGAUUAAAGAAGGAUGAGUCUAACAUAGGUACUCAUUGGUUAAGGCAAAAAAGUGAGCCGCAAAGUCAAAAUGACUGUAAAAAUAGUUACGCUUUAUCAUUAAGAAACUCAUCCGCUUGUUCUCCAAAUCAAACAAGCGGUAGUAGUAAAGAAGUUCCGUCCGAAACACCAGUAGCAAAGAAACAAAACACGUGGGAUGAUCUGUAUAAUCGGUUUAAAAUAAAGAAGGCCGACGUAACUGAAAAAGAGCUGGCGAUGAUGUCAUACAUUCAUGGAUUGAGGAAAAGGCUGUCGUACUCGCAACAUUGUAAGAUCAAAAUGCAGACAUUCUUGCUGCAGCAACAACGUCGAGGUAUGGCAUACCUAACAGGUAUUCAGAGGAGUUUCAUUAAAUCACAGAUCAGAAAUUCAGGAAAAUCAUUAAAAAAGCAAAAGUUUACGAAGUUGGAAACUUCUGUAGCUCAAGAAAUAUUGAGAGCUGUUGGACCGAGAGGCUACAAUAAUUUAAGGAAAUUGUUUUACCUUCCCACCAGAAGCAUAAUCACUAACAAUUAAAUUUAACAAAUAUCCUGUGAUAUCGUGAACAAUAAUUGACUCAAAAAGAGACAUAUGAGUUAUACAGCCUGGUGUGAUCUACUUGUUAAUUAUUUUUUAGUGUGAUCACACCAUAGAUUUAACUAAAUCUAUCCAGUCGUCUCCUAAAUGUCACAAGGUAAUCGCACUCAAUUUAAACCUUGUGAUAUUUAGAUUACGAUUGUAACCUUUUUUUUUACAAAAAAGAUUUUCUUUCCUUGCAAGUUGCAUCUUGUAAUUAAAGGAACGUAAUUGUUAUCGAGAAGAACAAAACCAUUGGAGACUGAACCAUCUGCUAAAAACUUAUUGUUAAAAAUGACGACAACUAAGAUCUUUCAUAAGUAUCAUUUUGUUUUCUUUAUUAUGAAUGUUUUUCAGCGUUUUAAACAUGUUAUUUAUAUAAAUAGAUAAAGGGUGCACUGUUAACUGGACACAUUACUGCAUGAAUUUGUUGCAUUUCGUUCCGAUUGAUAUUGAAUAAUUUGUUACAAUAAGCAUACUGCCCGUGUGCACCUGUAUUAUAAAUUGGAAACAUAGUUAAAUAUGGUUAGUACCUUGUAAAAUACAAUGUUCGCUUUGGAGAUAUUGCUGCAUAUUAACGUAGACCUUAUGUGCAACUUAGUAAUAAAUCGCAUAUUACACGUUAUGGAGGAAUUUGAUUCAAUUUCAUAUAGUUGCUGGGAAAAGCACACGUUUUAACAUUAUCACCCUUCAAAUUGUUGCUUUAUUGAAUAAAGUUUCUAUGAUAAAAUUAAA